CGGCGGCUCUCUGGAUCUGGUGAAGACGCACUCCGACAUUGAGGCGUUCAGGAAGGCGACGGGCGCCUCGUCCGUCAUGUUGGCUCGUGCCGCCAUGUGGAACGCAUCAGUGUUCAGCAGCCAGGGGCCACUUCCUGUGGAGAGGGUCAUGGAGGAGUACCUCAAAUAUGCGAUCCGGUACGAUAACCACGCCUUCAACACCAAAUACUGUCUGUGUCAGAUGCUGAGAGACAAGGUGGAGUCUCCUCAGGGGAAGCAGCUGCAUGCAGCGCAGACCAACGCCGACAUCAGCCAGGUGUUCGGGCUGCAGGAGUUUUACCAGCAGGCCGAGGAGCAGCAGCAGAACAGGAGGGACGCCCUGCAGAGCAGCAGCCAGCCGGACAGACCCGUGAUGGACGGAGACGUCACCACCAUGGCCGUCAAGUUCGAGCGGAGGAAUUAUCCUCCUCAGAUCACCCCAAAGAUGUUCCUGCUGGAGUGGAGCCGCAAGGAGAAGCUGGAGCAGCCGCUGUACGAGACGGUGAGAAACUCGGAGGGACUCAAAUGUGCAGCUCUAAAACCUGCACUGAAAUAUACGAGUUUAAAUGUACCGACCUGUACUGAAGCCGCUUCUGGGCUCUGCUCUCUGAGAGAAAUACCUUUUUUUAAAUAUUUGAUUGAUAACUGUUCUGGCUGUCUACAGCAGUGAUACUUAACUUACAAGCCCCGUCAGGCCAAAUUUGGCCCCCGAUAGACCUUGGU